AUGGGUUUAUGUUUAUCCGCAGAAGAAAAGGAAUCACGUUUAAGAAGUCUUCAAAUCGAUAAACGAAUCGAAGAGGAUGGUUCCGGAGAAUCAGGAAAAUCAACUAUAGUUAAACAAAUGAAGAUAAUACAUCAAAAUGGAUAUACUAAAGAAGAACUAGCGCUUUAUAGAAUAACUGUCUACAAAAAUCUUAUAGAUUCAGCUCAAGCAAUUGUACAUGCGUUGAAAAAAUUUCGAUUGGAUCCACGAGAUCCAGUAAAUGGGCUUUUUGCCGAAAAAAUAUUGGAUUAUUAUGUGGAAUCAGAUCCAACUUUUCAACUCAACCCAGAGAUCGUUGAAGCAAUUGAAUCUGUAUGGCGAGAUGAUAUAAUGAGAGAAGUUAUGGAUAGACAAAGUCAAUUUUAUUUAAUGGAUUCUGCACCAUACUUUUUUGAAAAUGUGAGGAGAAUAGGUGCACCCGCUUAUAUUCCUAAUGAGGCGGAUGUUCUAAGAGCAAGAACUAAGACAACAGGCAUAUCAGAAACACGAUUUAAUAUGGGACAAUUGAGUAUACAUAUGUUUGACGUUGGAGGACAGCGAUCGGAAAGAAAAAAAUGGAUUCAUUGUUUUGAAGCUGUCACAUCGAUUAUUUUCUGUGUAGCUUUAAGUGAAUAUGAUCAAGUAUUAUUAGAAGAAUCUGGCCAAAAUCGAAUGUCAGAGAGUCUUGUUUUAUUUGAAUCUGUAAUAAACAGUCGAUGGUUUUUGAGAACUUCAAUUAUACUAUUUUUAAAUAAGAUUGACCUUUUUAAAGCUAAAUUACCCAGAGUACCUCUUGAAAAAUAUUUUCCUGAAUAUCAAGGAGGCGCUGAUAUUAAUAAAGCUGCAAAAUAUAUCUUAUGGCGAUUUACUCAAACUAACCGGGCACGACUUAAUAUUUAUCCACAUGGGAAUGGAAUAUUGGUGGAUUCGGAAUCCGCUUGGUGUAGAUUUAGCGUUUUUCGGCCAACACUAUUCUUCUUCACUACUCCUAUUCUAAUUUGGGCCGAUUCCAUACCCACAUUGAUCCCGUUCCCACUUACAACAUUUAUAAAAGUUUACAAAAUUUAG